UAAUAUGAAGACUAUCUACUCUUUACAUGAUAACUCCUCCGGAAGGCGCUGAGAGAGGUGGCAAGGGAUUCCGAAGCGGCCGCGGAAGCUACAGACGUCGCCUUCAACACCCGCUUGAAAGAACUGGAAGAAGCCAAGUCAAAACUCGUCACCAAAGAUGGAAUGCUACGAAAGGAAAUAGCGGAAGAGGAGAACAGCAUCGCCUCAAUUCGUCAAAGUUUGCAGGACAAGGAAUCGCCUCUGCAAGUGGCCCAAAGCCGCCACUGGACUCGCUCCUUUCGACCCGGGGCGGACCGCUGUCUAGAUCAGCCCCAUUAUAGGCUCAAGGACGAACUUGACGAGCUGCCCCAGAGCAUCGAAUCCCUCCGUCAGCGUCUGAGGGCUAGCGAGGACACGCUGGAGGAGCUGCACCGCCUUCACGAAGACUUUUCCAAGGAUAUCCUCAACAGGGAACACACUAUCAGUUUAGAGCGCCGGUGCGUCGCCGUCAGGAGUCUCAGACAGACCCAGGAGAAGCUUCAAGGACUGUAAGGAAGAUGGGGAAGAUGAGAAGGGGAAAGGAAAAGGGGGAGAUGAGAAGGAAAUGAAGAAGGAAACAAAGGGGAAAAGGAGGAGGAAGGAGUAUAUUAGAAAAGAUGUC